ACCCUAAUUAACCUGAUUUUUUGCUGAUAAUCACUCUCAAUGGAAUCAAAUAAAAAAUCCGGGGAUGGAUUGAGCGGCACCCAGAAGGAAGCAGCCCUCCGUACACUCGUCCAGCGCACAGGAUAUAGCUUGGUCCAGGUCCUACUUGAUGGUCCAGUGACUUGGUUUGCCGAGUGAGCCAUAUCUCAAAUGGAGACCAAAAGAGUCCCAUUCCACCUUAAAAUAGUGUUACCAAUGAAGCAUUUAGUCAUUAAAAGUGAUCAUUUGAAAAUUCCACAGGACAAAAAAUUGUAACAUUACUACAGCUAUGUAAAAAGUGUGCAAAUAAAGCUAUUCUUUUAAAACUAGACUCAAAUAACCAGGAAAAUGGACAAAGAAAAUAUGGUGGCCCUCCACCUGGUUGGGAUGCUGCACCCCCAGAAAGGGGAUGUGAAAUUUUUAUUGGAAAACUUCCCCGAGACCUUUUUGAGGAUGAACUGAUACCAUUAUGUGAAAAAAUUGGUAAAAUUUAUGAAAUGAGAAUGAUGAUGGAUUUUAAUGGCAACAAUAGAGGAUAUGCUUUUGUAACAUUCUCAAAUAAACAAGAAGCCAAGAAUGCAAUCAAGCAACUUAAUAAUUAUGAAAUUAGAAAUGGGCGUCUCUUAGGGGUUUGUGCCAGUGUGGACAACUGCAGAUUGUUUGUUGGGGGAAUCCCAAAAACCAAAAAGAGAGAAGAAAUCUUAUUGGAGAUGAAAAAGGUCACCGAAGGAGUCGUUGAUGUCAUUGUCUACCCAAGUGCCGCAGAUAAAACCAAAAACCGGGGCUUUGCCUUUGUGGAGUAUGAGAGUCACAGAGCAGCCGCCAUGGCCCGCAGGAAGCUGCUACCAGGAAGAAUUCAGCUGUGGGGACAUCCUAUUGCAGUGGACUGGGCAGAGCCAGAAGUAGAAGUUGAUGAAGAUACAAUGUCUUCCGUGAAAAUCCUAUAUGUAAGAAAUCUUAUGCUGUCUACCUCUGAGGAGAUGAUUGAGAAGGAAUUCAACAAUAUUAAACCAGGUGCUGUGGAGAGAGUGAAGAAAAUCCGAGACUAUGCCUUUGUGCACUUUAGUAACCGAGAAGAUGCAGUGGAGGCUAUGAAAGCUUUAAAUGGAAAGGUGCUGGAUGGUUCCCCCAUCGAAGUGACCCUAGCCAAGCCAGUGGACAAGGACAGUUAUGUUAGGUAUACCCGAGGCACAGGUGGAAGGGGCUCCAUGCUACAGGGAGAGUAUACCUACUCCUUGGGUCAUGUUUAUGAUCCCACUUCAACCUACCUUGGAGCUCCCGUCUUCUAUGCCCCCCAGGCCUAUGCAGCAAUUCCCAGCCUUCAUUUCCCAGCCACCAAAGGACACCUUGGGAGCAGGGCCAUUAUCCGAGCACCUUCUGUUAGAGAAAUUUACAUGAAUGUACCUGUAGGGGCUGCGGGAGUAAGAGGACUGGGCGGCCGUGGCUAUUUGGCAUACACAGGCCUGGGUCGUGGAUACCAGGUCAAAGGAGACAAGCGGGAAGACAAACUCUAUGACCUUUUGCCUGGGAUGGAGCUCACCCCAAUGAAUCCUGUCACUUUAAAACCCCAAGGAAUUAAACUUGCUCCCCAGAUAUUAGAAGAAAUUUGUCAGAAAAAUAACUGGGGACAGCCAGUGUACCAACUGCACUCUGCCAUUGGACAAGACCAAAGACAAUUAUUCUUAUACAAAAUAACCAUUCCUGCUCUGGCUAGCCAGAACCCUGCAAUCCAUGCUUUCACACCUCCAAAGCUAAGUGCCUAUAUGGAUGAAGCAAAGACAUACGCAGCUGAGUACACCCUGCAGACCCUGGGCAUCCCCAUUGAUGGAGCAGAAACGCCGGCUGCAGCUGCAGCUGCUUCCACUGCUGCGGCUGCUUCCACCGCUGCUUUUCCAGGAUAUGCUGUCCCUAGCGCUACUACACCCAUGCCUGCGGCCCAGCUCAAGCAAGCGAUGACUCUUGGACACGACUUGGCAGCAUAUACAACCUAUGAGGUCUACCCUACUUUUGCAGUGACUGCCCGAGGAGAUGGAUAUGGAGCCUUCUGAAGAUACCUUUCUUUUAAAUUAAGAAUAAGACACACAAAAUCCUAUAUAGAAGAAAUAUACCUCUAGCUUGGUCUCAUAUGAUCAUAAGUAAUGUCUUUCCCAAAGUAAUACAUUUCCCGAGACUGUAUUGCUUAUAUUAGUUGAGAAUUGUGACAUGAGAACCUUAUUCCCUUAGGCAGCGGGGGGAACCAGACCCAUAGUCCCUUCCGCUAUACCUUGCCAACCCAUAAAACAAAUCAAACAGUUAAGGAGCCUUUUGUCUAACGCAGAAAAAGAGCCAUUGCCCCCAAAGUUGUUCCUUCAAGGUUCUUGGGUAUCCUAGGAGUAUAUUGACCAAACUUGACAGAGUGGAAAGAGAUCUUUUAGCCAGCGAGGGUUCAGGGGCUGAGCAGCCUCAGGAAGUCAAGUCUCAACAAAAAGUAGCCAAGUCAACUCCAGUGUCUUAGCCUCUGGCUCACAGCUGUUUUGGCAAUACACAAAGUCCCAGAAACAAAGGGAAGAGGGUCUGGAUGCUUUUCAAAACCAUUCACCAACUGCCCACUGUGUGAGGCAUGGCUGCUGACCUGAGCUCAUGAAAGACUGUCAAAGAUUUUGUGGAUUCAGCGUCACUUCAGUCUGAACAUUCCAUCCAGGCAAUUUGUCAUAGGUCAGGAGCUCUCUGUUCCCUACAGCCCCUUCCCUAGAAAUUGAUGUGAUGUGUGGCAGAUACGGUUAAAACAAAUCCAGGCCCACUGUUGAUGAAACUCAUUAGCCCCCACAUAUUUUUCUCUAGAAGUCCUACCCUUCCCACAGAUCCACACAAUACAAUAAUCAUUCCAACUUGAAAUGACUCUCGCUCACUUUUAAAAUUUUGACUGGUCCACAUUGAUUUUCUUUCAUCCCAGUGUCUUUUUACUCAGCUCCAUUAUCAUAAAAUAGCAAUAAAGUAAAAGCAAAUCUAGAGAAUAUCACAUAUAAUACUUUUUCUUAUUCAGCAACCUGGCUGAAAAGUCAUUUCAAACAAAUAGAGAAGUGAAGGUUUACUUUUAUUUCUUUGAUCUUUUUGCAGGACCCAGGCUACCAUCCAGCACUGAGAGACAGUUAUAUUAACUUGGGUUUAGCCUUGGACUAUCUAACUCACUUUCAGCCAGAAUAUUCUCCACAUCCCCUUCCUUUUACUUUCAGUAAGCAUCAGACAGCUUUACCUUAUCUAAGUCUUUUUUGUCUUGAAGCUGUCCCAGGAAAACCUUAUACUCAUCACUGCUGAUUAAAAGCUAUAUCUUCAGACACUCAGGAAGGGUUUUAUUUAUCAAAAUACCCUAGAAUUCUGGGCCUCUUCUCCAGGAACAUCCGGUGGGGAAGGGAGGGCAAACCUGUGCUGGAGGUGAGUAGAAGGCUCUACUGUCUUGCCACACUUUUGAAGGAUUGCUUUGGGUUGAAAAAAGAAAUAAUCUAAAUCCAAACACCAAAUACCUAUUAUUACCACUCCAGUCUCAUUAGUGGUUUAAAACAUAUAGUACUAGACUUUCCAUUAAAAAAAAAAAAAAAAUUCCCUUGCCCUUGUAAAAUUCUACAAGAAUGAAGGAAAAACAAAAUACAAAAGGCACAGAAAAUGGUGUUAACUGCUGAAUGGAAUUCUGCGAUUCUAAAUCAGGCCAGAUUCCAUCAAAUCAGGUAAAUUCCAAGCACAAUUAAAGGUCCCUGUAGCCGUUCAUUUCUGUUAACACCAAUCAGGUGUCAAAGGCCUGCCAAGCUACAGCUGAAACUGAAAGGCGCAGUGCCCUCUGCUUUACAUUUUGCUUCUCAUAUUCCCCAGGACAGUGUUUCCUGAACUUGGGGGCACAUUAGAAACAACUGGGGAGCUUUAAAAAAUGCCAGUGCCAAGAUUACAUUUCAUGCUAAUUACACCAUAAUGUCUUCAGGUAGGAACCUGGCAUCAGUGUUUUUUAAGAUCCCUAGAUGAUUCCAAUAUGCAAUUAAGUUUCGGAGGUGUUCUUUUCUCUGUAUUUCCACUAUAUCCCUUAAUUUUGUUUCUUUUUUAUUUCACUUUUGUUAAAUAGGAAAAAUGCAAGAAAAAAUGUCUAAGCUAAAACAGUUGAAUUGCCUUUUUACGUAAAUUCAUCUCAUUCAAUGUAUGAAUUUGAAUAUAAUUCAUAAUGGCUUCAAACUGAUUCUUGGGCCAAACAACCCAAAAAAUGAGAAAGUGAAAAAAAUUGAGCAAUUCGGAGGUCUAAAUUUACAUUCAUCCACAGACCUGCUUUUAUACUUAAAGAGAGUAAUUACAUCAACAUAGCAAAUGUCCAUUGGGACAGGCAAAUUCCUACUCAGUCCAAAAAGAGCAUGAGCAAAGUUUUAAUGAGCAAAAGUUCUAAUGUUCCUUAAAUAUUUGAAAAUAAAUAGUAAAGCAGCAAUCUGCAUAACCAAUCAAUGCAAAAUAAAAGGCUUAAUACAGAAGAGUUUUAAAUUUAAUCAAAAUGAAAAGGCAAUUAGUUAAUCGAGGAAUGGCCUUAUGAGAAAAAUCAUAAUUCUUCAUUAGGUCAUAGUCAUGGAAAAAUGCAUGCAUUCAUGACUUUUACCUCCUUAAAACUGAUUUUAUUGUUUUUUUCUGAAAUCUUACUUCAUUUAGUAAUAUCUAGAGAAUACUUUGAAAUACAUUAGAAUAUGUUCAUAAAAAGCAUCAAUAUGUAUACCAUGAGAUGUUUAUAUUUACUUUUCUCACAUUGAGUAACAUAGCGCAAAUCCUGCGAUGAUGAGUUUGAAGCUAUCAGCAAAAUGGGAUUAUUUUUUAAAUCUAGGGCAGAAACUAUGGUUUACUUUGCUUAAGGAUUAUAUAUUUGGAUUUAAUAAAUUAGCUCCUAUUUAACAUCUAUCAUACCUUGUACAUCACUAACCAUUUUGCUGUUACUUCUUACUUUACUGCUUCCUAAUUCUCAUAAAAAAGUUCAGUUUAGUCAACCAAUCAAAUAAUAACCAAAUGCCCAAAGCAAUAAUUUAGAAACUUCUAGAAAACUAGAAUUGCAUUUCUAAAUUUUGGUAAUGAAUAGCUUAUUGAGAAUUAAAAUCAGCACAACAUUACUUAGGCAGGAGGAAAUGGAACAGCACUGAGAUUAGAUAUCUAUAAUCUGUAAAAAUGCUGGCUCUUCCAGAAUUGCUGUAUCCCCACUCCAUUAGUAUCAUUAGUAGGUCACUUCCAAUUACAACCAAAUGUAAUUCUCCCGGAUAAUUAUUUACCACCACCCCAUAUCAUGCUAAACCACAUUGUGUUUAGGUAACAGCACCCAAAAUGCUGCUAGAAAGCUACCUUGUGUUAAGAAGAUAUUGACUUCAAAAAAUAUCUAACAAAAGAGGACCUAUUUCCAAACUACAGUAAGGGUGGGAUGGAAAUUAAAUAAUUAAAUUAUAGCUUCUGUACUGAUAAAGCUAUACGGAACAUUAUUUUUAGCUUUACUUAAAGGUUUAAAAAAAUUCUUCUAGUCAUAUAGAUUAGUUUUUCAUAAAUAAUGCAGCAAUAUAAAUUCCAAUUUACAUUAUUUUUCACUAUAUUUUAAAUGACUAUAUUUUAUAUUUCUAACUUGGACAAAUGAACAAUGAUUAGAAAUCCAUAGGGACAUGGAGAUUUUCCAGGGUUCCAUUUGUAGCUUAGGGCCAAUAAAGAAAGUCCACAUUUUGAGUAAAUUUUCUUGCAUUCAGAGCUUCAAAGUUUAUUAUUAUUCAGCAACUCCAGUCCUGUUCAAGAUUUCUUAGAACUAAUUUGCAAUUAAAAUGUACACAGAUAUGCAUAAGUCCAUGAUCAUUUAUCCUCUUCUUGGAUUCAUAUAGAAAUUCCCAGGGAGGUGAAAACAUACCUAAAAUUUAAACUAGUUAGGUAGAGACUUGGCACUUUUUAUAUUUUGUAAAUACACUUUUACAUAUUGUAAAUACAUGUGUUAAAGACAAAACUCAGUUUCUAAUAUGACACCAUAAGUGAACUUUGUUAUAAAUACUUAUAAAAGAAAAUGUUAAUAGCACAAGUCAGAAAGUUUAAUAUGCUUAUUGGAAGACAGAGUGCAAUGAGGCAGUGAACAUUCCUACCUGGCUUGCAACUGUUGUCAACAGAGAAGGCAGUUUAGAGCUGGAUUCCAUGGCCCUGUCAAACUGAUUGUCAGAUCUGAUGUUAAAAUUUUACCUCAUUCAAGUAACAUCUUGAGAAUACUUUGAAUUUUACUAGAACACAGUCACAGGAAGUGUAAUGUGCCUUCCAGACUGCAUGCUUGUUUUUGCCUUGCCAACGUUAGAAGAAAGCAAAGUCCUACUAUAAUGAAUGAAACUAUUGGGAAAAUGAGAUCUCUCUGACUCCUAGUCCCUGCUUCUUUUAAUUCUGGAGUAAAAUAGCCAAAAGAAAAAAAAUUUGGAUUAAAUGGCAAAUGGGCCAUUGCCUCCCCAAAUGGCCAACGUUUUAAAAGCCAGCUUUUUCUUAGGAUGUUUGUACAGAAAGUAGAAUAUGCAAGGUUAAUAUGGAUAGCAGUGUAUAUCCUGAACACCAAGACUCAUUUAUGGAUGUUAUUUUGACUAAUGGAAGGGGAGAUACCAAGAAACAGCACUUUGAAGUAAGUAAGCCGCUAGCAAGAACUCCUUGGAGAGUUGAGAAUACCAACUCCACUCAGGGUUCAUGGAUGUCUCUCUGGGGUGACGAUACAUCCUGGUUUGUCAGGACAGGCUUGGCUUACAUCUACUGGCCUACUAUAAAUAUUACCAAUGGCCCCUCUUACUCUCAAUGUGUUCCAGUGUAGACAACAAGUUAUAUGGUGACCUACUCUUCAUGGCUGUUUUGUUUGUUUGUUUGCUUUUAACAUUGUAGAAUUGGAUUUCUCCUUUCCAGGGAAGAUACAGCUAAAACUAAAGGGCUACCUACUUUAUUCUGACGAGGGCAGAGCAUGGUAAAGGGAGAGGGAGUUCCAGCUGCCCCGCCAUUCUUACUCCAAUCCACUCCCCACUCAGCGGUCCCUCUACCCCAUCCCUUUCUGGCCCUAGUGCUCCUCCCACUUCCCCAGGCAGUGGGUCCUGAGUUCCGCCUUCAGUUGGCAGAGCUAAGAGCCACAGGCCAGACUGAGUAGAGAACAGGAUGGAUGAAAGUUCUUGAGGACCCUUGCUUGGCAUUAGUUGCAUCUUAGAGCAUUUACUGUUUCUUUCCUCCUUGAGCCAAUCUACAUUCACCCUAAACCAUAUAGGAUUUCCUGUGUAAGCUUUCACCUGAAAAAUCAUGUUGCAUUUUUCCUUUCUUUUCUGUGUCUCACAAAUUUGCUUAAACACAAAUUCCCUUGCAUAUGGUCUCACCAUUGCAGUUACUCAUGAAAUAUUCUUCAGCAAAAGUCCUCUCAUAAUGUUAUACUAAGGUUUUACUUUUAAAUGCAAACUAAUAUCGACAGGUAUUUUCCUUUGUUACAGAACUUCCUUUUUAUUCUUCCUCUAUUCUCUUUGCUAAUAUUGAGAAUUAAACAAAUUAUACAGUACUUACACAGUAUAUAUUGCCAUUAACCUACAAACCUGUCUUUCAUAGAACAUUAUUUUAGUGAGUAGGUUUAGUCUGUGUUUGUUAAAUAUCCUGUGUGCACCUACUCUUAUGCCCGAAACUGUGAAUACAAAUACAUCUAUAUUUUUAAAAGUUUCUGUCUUCACUGGGCCACACAGUCUAGUGGUCCAGUCUGCAUUUUUAAAACUGAACAUAACUGCACUUGUUUAAGUGCAUCAGCAAUGAAGUACACAUACUGUUUUACAAAUAUAAAUUUUAUUUUGAAGUUAGCAUUUUCUACUAUAAUUCCAAGGCUUUUAGGGGUCACAUAUUGCAGAUGUCUAUUUAUAUCAAUCCAUCAUUAUCACUGGUUUAAACACAUUUUAUGUAAUUAUUGGUGUUUUUAUUCCUAUUCCUUCAUAGUACUUUUUUUACUUUUCUGCCUACAAUAUAACGAGAUAUUGUAACCCCUCUCUCUUAAUGAAAAGCAAGCUGUCAGCAAAAUGCAUUUCUAGUUUCCAGAUAUUAAUGUCUCACUUCUUUUCCUUUUUAUUAUUAUUGGUUUUAUUUAUGCAAAGUUAGUUAGCUAAGGUACCAAAAUAAGGAGAUAAAAACAGUAUUAAAGAGUGUGCAUAAGGCACUUAUUUUUGUACAUUGAGUACAACAUGUUAUAGAACUCUGUGAUCUAUCAACAGAUGUUAAAUAAAAUUACAUCAUUCAUCUAUUGUGAAAAUAAUCAUUGGUUUGGAAGAAAUAAACAUAAUGGGCACCUUAGAAUCAUAAAUCAUAUGAAAUGAGAAACAAUGCAAUGUUGUAAUAACUGGUGUAAUUGAAAUGAUGAAAUGGUUUUAAUUGAAUUCUCAAGUACCGUUAUAAAGUUUUAAAAA